AUGUCAGGAUCUUCGGCGCGUCGCCCGUCUACCGGCCCCAGUGCGGCUGCUGCCAAGCUGCAUGCGGCGGCAGUGGCCUGGCAUCGCUGGCUGAAUGGUUCCGCUCGCUGUGCGAGGCGUGGCCGGAGGCUGAGGAGCCGGGACAUGCACGUCUCCAGCGGAUUCAUGAGGUCCCCAGAAAAUCGCCAUGCCAUGUCCACAGGUGAGCAGGCAGCUGCGAAGGUGCGCGCGGAAGAGGAGAAGCUGGAGAAAGAGCGAUUGGCAAGGGAGUGGGAGGCCGAGCUUGAAGAGAUCGAACGGAGGAGGAAAGAGAUGGAAGGCGAGGCUUUGGAGAAGGACUGCUUGUCCUACUUCGCAACUGCUGAGCUGCUCUUGGAGCGCCGCGCCACGUGCGCUUUGGAGGAGUCCCCGGACAUCUCGCCGGACACGGAUCAGCCGCCGCCGGAGCCGGAGACGAAGAGCAGGGUCACGGAGAUUUUGGAGGGCUGGCUCCAAGAACAGUGUGGCAGCAAGUCCUUCGGCCAGCUGCCUGUGCCGGUCAACGCCGAUCUGGCGCAGUCCCUGGUCAACGCUCUGCGGCAAAGCGCGCAGCAGGCCGAGGAGCUCGCCAGCGCGUAUGUGCCCAGCAAGGAGGAGGAGUCGGGUGAGAGCCUGAGCGAUCAAUUGGAAAAGCUCUUGGCGAAGUUCGAGGAUCAGGCUCCGGAGGUCCAGGACCACGCGAGCAGCCAGUCCACCAUGAACACGGAGGCGCCGAACGCCUCAGAGGCUGCGGCGCUGCAAGACCACAUUGUAGCCUGCCGCGCCGUGGAGGACCGGGUGGUGCCACUGCUGCCGGUCCUCGAGCAGGACGAGGCGACCACGCGCUUGGUGACCGCUUUGGCGGCGCUGGAGGUUGGGGAGGACCUGCGGAACCACACCAGCGAACUCCUAGGAGGGCCCUUCAGGAGUUUGUCCACAGCUGACGCUUGCUGGGGCCUUUGCUCCCAGAAGCGUCGCUUGAUUUUGGAUCAACUGCCCUGCGGCGACUGGCAGCAACUGCGGCGCCGGGGCGUGGGCUGGUGGCUUGGGGACCAAAACUCCCUGGAGCUGCUGGAUGUGAUCGUGACGAAGCUGGCGCAGAGCUCCCUGGCGAAGCUGCGGAGUAACAGCAGCACCUGGAGCGGCGCCUGGUGCGAGCAGGAGGACGCGGCCCAAAAGCGGCGCAAGGCCAUCGACGAGGCAGUGUUUUGGUCCACGGUGCUGGGCUCCAGUGUCAACAAGCUGCGCGCCUUGAUGCGCGCAGGCCUGCUGAAGGAAUCGGACGGCAAGGGCCUUUCCGCUUUGCUGCAGCACGAGAAGGUCCACGAGCCGGAGUUCCUGUGGAAGAACGCCUUUCGUCUUUUGCAGCUGCACCGCUACCACCUGGCAGCGGGCCUUUUUCUGCUCAGCGGCUCCGUGGAGGAAGCCGCCCGGGUCUUGGCAAGCCACGUGAAAGACUUGCAGCUGGUCAUCGUGGUGACCCGCAGGCACCGGGACGUGCUGGCCACGCUUUUGGGCCAUCACCUUCAGACCAACGACCCCUGGCGUCGCCUCCUUCUUUCCCAUCUCGGGAGCGCGGCGGAAGCGGUAGAGGCAGAGGCUGAUGCAGAGAUGUUCGACUCGCUGCUCACCUGCGAUUCGGACGCAGCUGGUUUGUCCGCCGUCGCAGAGCAACUCAAUGGGAUGAGUCUGCGACACUAA